AUGACAGGUGUACCACCACAACCACACACAAAAAAAACGAUCAGCCAAACGCCAAAACCAGCGAAAAUCCAAAAUAGUAGAUAUCUGCCGCCACCAGUACACCCCACCAGUACACCGUCAACGCACGCACGCAUCGCCAUCUCCAUCGCCAUCUCGCCUCGUCGCCUUAUCUGCGGUCCUGCAGCCAACCCUCAUCUGUCCGGUUCGCGUAUCUUUCUUCCACCAACCACUCUUUCUUCGGAAAAACUCACCCUAGCGAUGCAGUUGACGUUCAGUUCCGUGGCCGCCGUGUCGGCGCUCGCCGCCGUGGCCCAAGCGUUUUACUUGCCCGGCGUGGGGCCCACCAACUACGGCAAAAGCGACAAGAUCGAGUUGUACGUCAACCACUUGACCCCAUCGAUGCACCACAUGGCGUCGUUCAAGAGCGGCGGCGACGCCUCGAAAACCAUCUUUUCGUACGACUACUACUAUCCGCGGUUCAAGUUCUGCGAGCCCAAGGGCGGGCCGCAGAAGCAGCUGGAGCUGUUGGGUGCGAUCAUCUUUGGCGACAGAAUCUUCAACUCGCCGUUUGUGCUCAACAUGUUGGAGGAUAAGAAGUGUGAGGUGUUGUGUCUGUCGGAGUACCGGCGCGCGGAGGCCUCGUUUGUGAACAGAAACAUCCGCGCGGGCUACACCUACAAUUGGAUCGUGGACGGCUUGCCCGCUGCGCGCCACGUGAAGGAGAGAUCGACCUCGCUGGAGUUCUACAGCCCGGGCUUUCCCAUUGGAAAAAUUGACCUCGACAACAACCCGCACUUGUACAACCAUUUCGUGAUCCACAUCGAGUACCACAAGAGAUCCGACAACGUGUACAGAGUGGUGGGCGUGGUUGUGGAGGCCCACUCGCUCGACAGAACCGGCAUGAACGCCAAGACCGACGACAUGUGUAAUCCCGACUUGAAAGAGGUCACGUUGGACAAGGAGAAGGACAACGAGGUGCUCUUCACCUACUCGGUGGAGUUCCAGGAGUCCACCACCGUGUGGGCCACCCGCUGGGACAAGUACUUGCACGUGUACGACCCCAAGAUCCAGUGGGUCUCCUUGAUCAACUUUUCUUUGAUUGUAGUGGUGUUGGGUGUAGUCAUGUCCCACAUCUUGUACAGCACCUUGAAGAACGACAUCACCAAGUACAACGAGGUCAACUUGGACGACGACGUCGCGUUCGAGAGCGGCUGGAAGUUGGUCAACGGUGAUGUGUUCAGAUCGCCUCCAAACAGAAUGCUCUUGUCGGUCUUGGUCGGAAGUGGUGUGCAGCUCUUCUGCAUGGCCUUGAUCACCAUUGUGUUCGCUUUGUUUGGCUUGUUGUCUCCUUCCAACAGAGGCGCCUUGAGCACCUUCAUGUUCAUCUUCUACAUUCUCUUCAGUUUCAUCUCCUCGUACAUCAGUGGCUACUUGUACCGUUUCUUUGGUGGUGAGAACUGGAAGCUCAACAUGCUCUUGACCCCAGUGCUUGUUCCAGGCGUCAUUUUCGGCGCUUUCCUCUUCUUGAACUUCUUCUUGAUCUCCAAGAACUCCUCGGGUGCUCUUCCUUUUGGAACCAUGAUCACCGUCAUUCUCAUCUGGUUCGCCGUCUCUUUGCCUUUGGCUAUUGCAGGCUCCAUUUUCCAGUCCAAGCAGUCCUUGUUGUCUGUUCCUGUGAGAACCAACCAGAUCCCAAGACAAAUCCCUCCUCAGAAGUGGUACGUCAGAACCAUUCCUGUGUCGCUCAUGUGUGGUCUCUUCCCCUUCGGCUCCAUUGCUGUUGAGUUGUACUUCAUCUAUUCCUCGCUCUGGUUCAACAAGAUCUUCUACAUGUUUGGUUUCUUGUUCUUGUGCUUUGUUUUGAUGAUCGCCACCACCGCGUUGGUCUCUGUCUUGGCAAUCUACUACACUUUGUGCGGUGAGAACCACAAGUGGCACUGGAAGGCUGUGUUCGUGGGUGGAGGCUGCGCUUUCUACGUGUUCCUCCACGCCAUGUUCUUCCUUAGAAACGAGGCCCUCUCUGGCUUCACCUCUGUUAUUUUGUUUGCCGGCUACUCGACAAUCAUCGCUGCUUUGAUCUUCUUGGUGUGUGGCUCGCUAGGGUUCUUGGCCAGUUUGGUCUUUGUGAGAGCCAUCUAUGCUCAGAUCAAGAUUGACUAG